AAAUCCCAUGGUGCUUGAGGAGUGGUAGGGAAAUCCCCAAGGAAUGGAGUUAGCUCACAGUUUACUACUUAACGAAGAAGCAUAUAACCAGCUUGGUGAAUUCCAAAAAGCAGAGUUUAUUUUUGAAUGGUUACAGUUUUUGGAAAAACUUUUGCCAGUUGCUAGCAAAACUGAUAUAAGGGAAAACCAGAAGAAACUGGUUGAACAAUUGACUUCUUUAUUAAACAACUCACCAGGACCUCCUACCAGGCGGCUUAUUGCCAAGAAUUUAGCUGUACUUUAUAGCACUGGAGACACUUUUUCUGUUUAUCAAACAAUUGACAAAUGCAAUGAACUCAUUCGAAGUAAAGAUGAUUCACCUAGUUAUCUGCCUACAAAACUUGCUGCGGUGGUAUGCUUGGGCUAUUUAUACAAAAAAUUGGGAAGAAUUUUGGGAAACAGUUUUACUGACACCGUUGGGAAUGUGCUUAAAGCAAUGAAGAAUGCAGAGUCUCAAGGUCGUUAUGAAAUCAUGCUUAGUUUACAAAAUAUAUUAAACGGUUUAGGAGCUGCUGCUAUCCCAUGUCACCGAGAGAUUUACAAAGCUGCCCGGUCAUGUUUAACAGAUCGAUCCAUGGCAGUCCGCUGUGCUGCCGCAAAGUGUCUUCUUGAACUUCAGAAUGAAGCCAUUUUUAUGUGGAGUACAGACCUCGAUAGUGUUGUGACCCUUUGCUUUAAAUCCUUUGAAGGUUCCAAUUACGAUGUGCGGUUAGCGGUUUCAAAGCUUUUGGGCACCGUGUUGGCUAGAGCUGUAACAUCGAAACACACAACAGCAUCCACCAGGCAAAACUUGCGCAGAGUCUCUCUAGACGAAGCCAUGGAGCUAUUAGCCACUGGAUUCUUACGUGGAAGUUGUGGAUUUCUACGAGCCAGCGGUGAUAUGCUGAAAGGAACUAGUUCAGUCAGCAUAGAUGUUAGAGUUGGAGUCACCCAGGCAUAUGUGGUAUUUGUCUCCACGUUAGGAGGACAAUGGCUUGAAAGGAACUUCUCUGCCUUCCUUUCCCAUAUUCUAGAUCUCGUGUCUCAGUCUCACCCUAAGGCUAUUCAGGCUCAGAUGGAUGCUAUCUGCUCUCGCCGCUGUAUUUCAUUUAUCCUUCGAGCUACAGUAGGAGGCCUUCUUGGGGAAAAGGCUCAAAUUGCAGCUGCCAAGGAGAUUUGUCAGGCCAUCUGGAAAUUGAAGAAAGUUGUGGAUGCUGCAGUGA